UUUGAAAUUUUUUUUUCCUAAAUGUGAAUCCGGAAAGAAGUUAAAAAGGGGUUAAACUGACCGGACCAGUCAAUUCAUAGAGAAUCCAGCGGAUCCCGAUUCUGGCGUUUUCUUGCACGAAAGUUCAAAGAAGUAAGAACGCAAGAUCCCGAUUCUGGCGUUUCCUGUAUGUGUCCGAACUUCACUAGUCUGUACACAGCGAGGAGAAUUCCGAAUGAGUAGAUUACUAGUAACAGUUAAAUCAGAGGUUCCAGUGUUUGUUGCUUUGAUUUGAUUUUGAAGAAGAAGAUGAUGGGGAUGCUAUGCGACGACGUGGUGAUGAUAAGGGAAGCGGAGAGGGAAGGAGAUGGGGCAACAAGUGUGAUAACAGUGAAUUGCCCAGACAAGACUGGGUUGGGUUGUGAUCUCUGCCGCCUCAUCCUUUUCUUCGGUUUGACCAUUGUUAGAGUUGAUGUGUCUACGGAUGGGAAGUGGUGCUACAUAGUAUUCUGGGUCAUCGGAAAACCGACUACUAGAUGGGGUUUACUGAAGAAGAGACUAAUUGGGGUAUGCCCUUCUUGUUCUUCAGCAUCUGGGAUUUCAUUUUACCGAUCUGAAUUGCAGUCUCCCAAGCCUCCUAAUGUUUUCCUCUUGAAACUGUGUUGCUAUGACAGAAGAGGCCUUCUCCAUGAUGUGACCGUGGUUCUUUGUGAGCUUGAGCUUACGAUAAAGAGAGUGAAGGUAUCUACCACCCCAGAUGGCAGAGUGAUGGACUUAUUCUUCAUCACAGACACCAGGGAACUUCUGCAUACAAAUAUAAGACAGGAGGAUACGUGUGACUGUCUAAAAUCUGUUUUAGGAGAUGUUAUGAUUAGUUGUGCAAUACAGAUUGUUGGCCCUGAAAUUUCUGCAUGCUCACAAGGGCAUUCCUUUCUUCCUCCUGCUAUCACAGAAGACCAUUUGGAUGAUGAACGCAGAAGUGGAUCUCGUACCUCAAACAAUGUAUCUGUCAUGUUGGAUAACUCUCUGAGUCCUGCUCACACGCUUGUCCAAAUUGUUUGCCAAGAUCACAAAGGUCUCCUCUACGACAUAAUGAGAACUUUGAAGGAUUACAACAUCCAGAUUUCUUAUGGGCGAGGCACAACGAAACAAAAAAGAAAGUGUGAAGUGGACUUAUUUAUCAUGCAAUCAGAUGGGAAGAAGAUAGUUGACCCUAUCAAGCAAAGUGCCUUGUGCUCUCGUAUUCAAAUGGAGCUACUUUGUCCUCUUAGAGUAGCUUUGGUGAGCCGGGGGCCUGAUACGGAACUUCUAGUAGCAAAUCCCGUGGAACUAUCUGGCAAAGGUCGCCCUCUUGUUUUCUACGACAUUACCCUUGCUCUCAAAAUGCUCAACACUGGCAUAUUCUCGGCUGAGAUUGGGAGACACAUUAUUGGAGACCGGGAAUGGGAAGUUUACAGAAUUCUACUUGAUGAAGUUGAUGGCUCACCAGAACUGAAGAGCCAGAUUGAGGGAGCAGUUUGGAAGAUGUUAAUGGGUUGGGAGUGAUUAAGAGACUCCAUUCCAUAUGGAUUGCAACAGCUUGAUCGCUUGUCUUUACAGUAUACUUCAACCAGUAUGCAUAUCUUAGAUGUCGACGUAGGAUCUAUCGUGGAAGGUUGAGCUUUAUGAUCUACUUCUUUUGUAGUCGAAAAGAAGGAAGUUGAUGGUGAAAUUGAAUAGAUGAGAGGGGACAUAAAGCGUUCCUGCCAUUGUACAUAUGCCAUCUAUUGUGAAUAGUUGUGGAAUCUUAUCCUGGAUCGAUGUUUCCAUGUAGCUCAGGCGUUCCUCUGGUGGGUAGGUUUAGCUUACUUUGUA